AUGGGCGGCAACAAGGUCGAGAAAGGUGACAGCCAUCGCAAGAAGGCCCGAUCCAUCGGUAUACUUCAGUGGUUCGCCGGCAAAAAGGUCGACCCCGAGGAGUUUCUGGAGCGCAGGCGUCUCCGCAAGCAGGCCGCGAAGAAGCCGGGAGGUCGCAGCAGCCACCAUGUCUCGGACCGACCGGCGACCGCGGACAAGAGCGAGGCGGGCUGUAGAGUCCGCAGCGACUGGUCGUCCGAGUCCACCCUGAUAGGCGCCCGGCGGUCGACGGCGUCCACGCUGCGCAAGCCCGCCCCAUCGGCGGCGUCCACGCUGCGCGAAUCCGCUCGAUCGGCAUCCACGCUGCGCAACUCGGCCCCAUCGGCAUCCACCCGCCGGCGCAGCAGCAGGCCCGCGCCCGCCCGGGACGUCGGGGAGAAGGAGUACGACGACGCCGAGGAGAACUCGGACGACGACUACAUGUGCGGGCCGCCGCCCUCGGACUACGGCCGCAGGCAGGCGCGGGUCACGGGCUGGGCCGCGGGCGUGAGCCCCGGCACCGCGGCCCCUCCCUCGCCCCCUCCCUCGCACGCCGGGCGGUCCUCCCGCGCGUCUGCCGCCUCUCGCGCUCAGGCAGCCUCGCUGCGCCCAUCUGACUCUUUGACCUACUAUCCAGGUCCCAGUUUGAGCAGCAGCUGUCCGGGCCCCAGCUCGGGACAUGGCUCCGGCGCGCCGCUGCGUACUCCCGUGCCGCAGCGGUGCGGGGCCGCCGGCCACCCUGACCCUAACGGUGGCUUCCCAUCUGGCUUUCCCCCUGGCUACUACGCUCCUGGCCAGAGCGGCGCCGGCCACCACCGCUACUGA